AUGAGGAACACCUCUGAAGCCAACUUCUCCUGCUACCAUCAGUCUGUGCUGGGCUAUAAUUACUUUGCAGUUACCUGGGGGGUGGUGGUGGCUGUGACCGGCACUGUGGGCAAUGUGCUCACCCUGCUGGCCUUGGCCAUCCAACCCAAGCUCCGGACUCGCUUCAACCUGCUMAUCGCCAACCUCACCCUGGCGGACCUGCUCUACUGCACCCUCCUCCAGCCCUUCUCCGUGGACACCUACCUCCACCUGCGCUGGCGCACUGGCGCUACCUUCUGUAGGAUAUUUGGACUCCUCCUUUUUGUUUCCAACUCUGUCUCCAUCCUCACCCUCUGCCUCAUUGCACUGGGACGCUACCUCCUGAUUGCCCACCCGAAGUUCUUUCCCCAGGUUUUCAGCACCAAGGGGGUAGUGCUAGCACUGGUGGGCACCUGGGUUGUGGGUGUGGCCAGCUUUGCGCCCCUCUGGCCCGUUUACGUCUUGGUACCUGUGGUCUGUACCUGCAGCUUUGACCGMAUCCGAGGCCGGCCUUACACCACCAUCCUCAUGGGCAUCUACUUUGUGUUGGGGCUCAGCAGYGUGGGCAUCUUCUAUUGCCUCGUCCACCGCCAGGUGAGGCGAGCAGCCCAAGCGCUCACCCAGUAUAAGCUGAGCAUCCGCAGCACCCACGUGGCGGGGACCAGUGAGGUCAUUCCUGGUCGCUUCCAGGAGCUGGACAGUGGGCUGGCAUCCAGAGGGCUCAGUGAAGGGAUCUCAUCUGAGCCAGUCAGUGCUGCCACUACCCACACCCUGGAAGAGGGCUCAUCAGAAGUGGGGGACCAGGACAACAGCAAGGUAGCUAAGCAGUYGGCAGAGAAAAACCCUCCAGAAGCUUCUUCCAAGGCUGGGCCAACUAAAGGAGCCCCAAGAGCUCAGGACUCUCCGUCAGAGUUUGGGAAGGUGACCCGGAUGUGUUUUGCCGUGUUCCUCUGCUUUGCCCUGAGCUACAUCCCCUUCUUGCUGCUCAACAUCCUGGACGCCAGGGUCCAGGCCCCCCGAGUGGUCCACAUGCUGGCGGCCAACCUCACUUGGCUCAAUGGCUGCAUCAACCCAGUGCUCUAUGCAGCCAUGAACCGACAGUUCCGCCAAGCCUACAGCACYCUCUUAAGAGGAGGGCCCCAGAGUUUCCGGCGGUUCUAUUAG